UGAUUCUUACGAAUAAAUGUUUCAAUUAGCACCGUAUAAAACUACGGGAAACGUUUCUUGGAGCUAAAGACGAAAAUUAAAAAUAUCCUAGCUGUGGAAUAAAUUUUUAAAAAGAUAUCUGAAGAAAAAUGUUAAAGAAACCAAAGUUCUGGAAGCCAGGAGAGACAGCUCCAGGUCAGAGUUUGGAGGAGGAGAGAAAAUCAGAGCGGGAAAGUGACAGUCAAGUUGCUGUGUAUAAUCCAAAUGUUUCACUCUCAAUUGAACAACAGAGACAAAAACUACCUAUUUUCAAGGUGAGGAACCGCAUCUUGUACCUUGUUGAGAAAUAUCAGACAGUGGUUAUUGUUGGAUCUACAGGCUGUGGCAAAAGCACACAGAUUCCUCAGUAUCUAUUAGAGGCUCGUUGGUGUGAAGAGGGUCAUUUAAUUGGAGUGACACAACCUAGGAGAGUGGCAGCUAUUACAGUUGCAGGCAGAAUAGCAGAAGAGCGUGGAACAUUACUGGGUGGGGAAAUUGGCUAUCUCAUCAGAUUUGAUGACUGUUGUGAUGAAACAACAAGGGUCAAGUGUAUGACAGAUGGGAUGUUAAUCCGAGAGAUAAUGAAAGAUCCAUUGUUAUCAAAAUACAGUGUUCUGAUGUUGGAUGAGGUUCAUGAGAGGACACUAUAUACAGACAUCAUUCUGGGCCUUGUGAGAAAGAUUCAGCAGAAAAGGGAAGAUUUGCGUGUGAUUGUUGCAUCAGCCACAUUGGAUGCAGAGGAGAUUAAAGAUUUCUUCAACAGAAAUGAAACAGAAGAUGAAAGUCUUGAUAAAGCAGCUAUACUGAGCAUAGAGGGGAGAGCUUUUCCUGUUGACAUUCAUUAUACCAUAGAUCCUGUACCAGAUUAUAUUAAAGCAACUGUAGAUACCAUAGUGAAGCUGCAUCGCAAUGAGAAACAGGGAGACGUCCUAGCUUUUCUCACUGGCAUGGAAGAAGUAAACACAGUCACAAAAAUGCUGAUAGAAGAAGCUAAACAAGUAUUGAAACAGAAAGAUGCAGUGAGAAUGAAAAUAGUCCCCAUGCAUGGAAGCUUGCCUGCUGCAGAACAAAUGAAAGCAUUUGAAAGGACACCAAAGAAUUGCAGAAAAAUCGUGGUUGCUACGAACAUAGCGGAAACUUCUAUCACAAUAAAUGGCAUUGUGUACAUCGUUGACUGUGGCUUUGUGAAGAUAAGGACAUAUCAUCCCAAAACAGGAAUUGAAUCUUUAGUCAUAGUACCAGUGUCACAGGCUUCAGCUGAUCAGAGAGCUGGUAGAGCAGGACGUGUCAGAGCAGGGAAAGCAUAUAGACUGUAUACAGAAGCAGAUUAUGAUAAGCUGUCUGAGGCAACCGUCCCGGAGAUGCAACGUUCGGACCUUGCUCCAGUCAUACUACAACUCAAAGCUCUUGGUAUUGCCAAUGUGCUCAGGUUUCAUUUCUUAUCUGCACCUCCUGCACAGAACAUGGUUAGAGGCCUUGAACUUCUCUAUGCCCUUGGAGCUCUAGAUGACAGUGGAAAUCUUACAUCUCCUCUAGGUCUCAGAAUGGCAGAGUUUCCACUUACACCUAUGUUUGCUAAAAUGUUGCUUGUCUCAGGAGAAUUUGGUUGUUCAGAGGAAGCCGUUAUAAUUGCAGCCAUGUCACAGAUACAGAAUGUGUUUGUUACACCCACUGGAGAGAAACGUACAGCUGAUCGCAUGAGACGUAAAUUUUCAGUUGAAGAAGGGGACCAUGUCUCAUUAGUGAAUGUAUACAGGGCUUUUAUAAAGUAUGGGAAGUCGUCCAAAUGGUGUCAUGAGAAUCUGCUAAACUUUAAAGGCCUUGUGCGUGCCACAGAGAUCCGAGAACAGCUGUUGAGGAUGAUAAAAAAGUUCAACAUACCCAUUAUUUCCUGUGAAGAAAACAUUGAGCCUCUGUGUAAAUGUAUAACAGCAGGAUUUUUCGCCAAUGCAGCCAAGUUAGACCCCCAAGGUGGCUAUAGGACAGUGCGAGAUGACCACACCCUAUAUAUACAUCCAACAUCAGUACUGUAUAUAGAGCAUCCUCCAAAAUGGGUUGUUUUCAAUGAAGUUGUCCAGACAACAAAAGAUUACAUGAGAGAUGUCACAGUUAUCAAUCCUGACUGGUUAUGUGAACUUGCUCCAGAUUUCUACCAGUUUGGAACAGAGAGAGAAAUAGCAGCAAAGAGGGCAAGACAUGAUGAUCUUGGCUGACAGUGUUUGAAAGCAAUGAUGAUUUUGAAGUGCCUCUAAUUUUACCAAAGGAAUAUAAUUAUUAAAACACUAAGAGCAGUUACUACCUGAAACAAUACAAAAUUUUUGUCAUAACAAAAAAAAAAAGAAAUUAAGUUGUCUUUUUGUUAAUAUGCAAGGUGAUGUUUUCAAAUGUGUCAAUUUAUGACAUCACCAAUUCAGAACUCUGGCAAAUUUACGACAUGUUUUGUUUCGGCUUUUAAGUCAUACCAACACAGGUCAUAUGACUGCUUCCUGGCUUUAAUGGUGGGGGUAGACACCAGGUGCCCCUUCUGACAUUAUUUCAGACAUGUGAAGGUAGAACCAACAGCCCUUCAUGAGAUAGCUAGAUGGAUGGCUAUCUCCUGAUGAUGGGGGCAUUCGUUGCUGAGCGGUUAUGGUAGCUGACUUCAAAUCACUUGCCCUUCACUGAUAAAGGGUUCGAAACCUCACUUUAUGUGUAGAAUUUUUUCAUUUGAGGAAACCAUAUAUCUGGCUUAUGGAAGGUCACUGUUGAUGGUUCUACCCAAGUGCCCGCUCUUUCCUUAAAUAAUGCCAAGAGGGGCACCUUGGGUCUUUCCCAAAAGCAGGAAAAGUCAAUUUAUGUCUUAAAUUGAGUCAUUGUAACUUCAGCAAUUUAGUUUCUAAGACACAACCGUGACAACCAAAUGAUAUUGUUUAUGAAUCUAUGUUGCAUUCCUUUUGACAGUUGUAGCAUAUAUAAAUGUAAGAACAAUUCUUGCACUUUUGCGCUUGCAUUGAAACAAAAUUUAUUGAGCAGUCAACAUUUCCAUCAUGUAAAUGACGUCUAAGCAAUUGUUGUACUCUGACUAUCUACAGGUGCAUUUAAUUAUAUAAGAAUAUGCCUAUUAUAUA